CCUAGAAAGCAAAGCCCUUCCUUUCUGAUUUCAGUUUUUCAGAAAAAAAAAAUUCACCUUUUCUGUUUUUUUUCUUUGUUUUUUUUUUCUCCACCUUUCUUCUUCUCCAAUGCAAAAACCCUAAAAACCUUGAUCUUCAUACAACCCAUUUCCUAUGUCAACCCGACCCGAUCUGGGUCCUAUCCCAUUUCGCCUUCCUCUUCUACCCGAAGUAGAUAAACCCAAGGAAGAAGAAGAGUGAUAAUUUUUUUUAAAAAUUAGAAGAGUGAAAAUAAGAAAAGAUUUUUUUAGAGAAAUGUAUAAAAAUCAGCUUCAAGAGCUAGCUCAGAGGAGCUGCUUUAAUCUUCCUUCCUACACGUGCAUUAGGGAAGGUCCAGACCACGCACCGAGGUUCAAGGCCACCGUCAACUUUAACGGCGAAACCUUUGAGAGUCCUCACUAUUGUUCUACUCUCCGUCUAGCAGAACACUCCGCCGCCGAGGUCGCCCUUCAAUCCCUCUCUAGUCGUGGACCCUCUCACUCUCUAGCCGCUAGAAUCCUAGACGAGACAGGGGUUUAUAAGAACCUCUUACAGGAAAUCGCACAGAGAGUUGGAGCUCCAUUGCCUCAGUAUACAACAUUUAGAUCAGGCCUUGGGCAUCUACCCGUUUUUACGGGAACAGUUGAAUUGGCUGGAAUCACAUUCACUGGGGAAUCUGCUAAGAACAAGAAACAAGCGGAAAAGAAUGCUGCCAUGGCCGCUUGGACUUCUCUGAAACAAUUGGCGAAAGAAACUGCAAGUUUUUCAUCAGAGCCGGAGAACAAUGAUGAGCUUGAACAGAUCACAAUAGCUCGAGCAUUGUUGAAUUACCGCAUAAAGGAAAAAAUGGCUAUGGCGAACUCCUCCACUGCCCCAAUACCAUUUACAAAGAAGUUUCCGAUUCAGAAUCCAAGACCAACAAGUCCACAGCCUCCUGCUACCACCUCAAAAAUCCUUCCGUUUAUUUGCCGGAAGGUGGUUCCUCGAAACAGAUCUAUGUCAGCAACAGCAAGUGACAAGCCCAUACUGCUGUCGUUGCAAGCACCUGAAAGCCGUGGGCCUCGUAUGCAGAAAUUCCCUGUGGCUGGAGCAGCUCCAUAUGUUCCCAUCCAACAGUUCAGGACACCUUGCCAUGGCAUUGCUCCUCCAGUGACAAUAAGAACCGCUGUGCCUGUUUUCUCUGCGCCUCCGCGUCCAGCACCAUCUGCUGUAUCCCCUCAGCCACCAGCAUCUGCAGUUCCUACUCAGCAAGGACAGUCCGGUCUUUCCUCCCAGCCACCACAAUGUGCAGCUUCUCCUCUGCAGCCACCAUCUACAGUUCCACCCCAAUUGCUACGUAUCCCUCCACCUGUCACCAUUAGGCAAGCAAUUCCAGUAUUUGCUUCUCCACCAGUACGAAAACAAGAUACUCCACCAGUUAUAAACGAAGACACCACAACUGCCACUAAAUCACAUGCUCAAGUAGAGGAAGAUGCAAACACAAAAACAAAGGACCUGCAAGAAUCUGAGACAGUACGGAGUUUAGAACAACUCAAAAUCUGAUGGUAGUGAAGGAGGCAUUAAGACAGGAGCCAUGGUUGUGUUGAAAUCGAGCUUGUUUUGUUACUCUGUCACCUCAUCAUAUGAGUGCUUUUUUAUCUUUAUUCUUUGUGUUUUUUCCACCCCUUCACUAUCCUUUUUUUGUUUUCUUAGAAACUAAACUUUCUGCAGGUUAAGUUAGUAUCAGCAGUCAUAUAUAAUUACAAUUAAAGUUAAUACUAUCUUUAGAUUGAUUUCUUAUUUA